AAACUAAUCUUGAUUAGAGAAAAUAUACGCACUAAACUCAAAUCGUUUGCCUCGAAUAGCAUAAUAAUAGCUUUUUUGGAAGAUAUUGUGCUUGUUAUUGCUUUACUGUUCCAAUGUCUCUUUACCUUAAAAGCAAGAAAAUUGCAGCAGCAAUUCUCAAGUCCAAUAUUGGCAAUUACUAUAAUAAUUACAAAAAUCUAAUCGCGUUGGCUCUUUAUAACCGCGUCUGGAAUUCGAUAGCGCAUAUUCGUGCGUAUGUGUGUUUAUUGUGCUAGAAUUUGGUUUAAGCGAACCAAAUAAACUUAAUUGGUUAUGAUUCAUAACAUAUGAACUUCUUUCCAAGCAGCAUACUCCGCUCAUUUCUAGUUGCCAAAAUUUUCAGGCAUGACUACUUCAAUAUAUACGAAAAUUGUAGCAGGAGUAUGAUGGGAUCCAAAGCAAAGUGGGUUUGCUAGAAAUUAUUGUAUAAUUUGGAAAUAUUUCCCCGAUUUAGCAUUUUACUUCGCUAUUAUAAACGCCCACUGUAGGAAAUGAAAUCUAGAAACAUAAGAAUUUCUGUAUGUGGGAAUUCCGCAAAGCCACGGCUAUCACUUCUAUUCGUAAGACAUGCAAGAAAUUUGUAUAGCUGAUGUUUAUCGUCGCAAAGGACUUUUUCUUGCUAUAUUUAAAUUAAGUAAUAAGUUUUCACAUUAUACAAUAUAUCGGAAACAACAGAAGAGAAAAACUGAGAAAUGUAGAGCAUAAUUGCAAAGAAGAUUCGACUUCAAGUCUAUUUAUAGAUACAGUUAUUAAAUAUCAUUCCAAUUAUAUAAUGUAACUUCUUAUGGUAUAAUUACCACUUCAUAUCAUAAAUAUUUUUUAUUUUUUGUUGUAUAUCCUUCCUCGGUUCUAAAGUUUAAUUUAUAAUAAAAGUAGUAAUAUCUAAUAGAUUUCAUAACGGCUUCAUGACAAUUAUUAAUUAUGCAUUUAUUGUAAAUUAGUAUUGUGAAUUUAUGGUGAUUUCUGCUAAAUUAAGGAAAUACGCACUUUUUGCUCUUAGGAUCCUCGCGUCAUUUUGACCCGAGUAUGAAAAAUUCCUCGUGUCAGAAAUACCCGUCUUUGGUGAAGUACAAUGCUUUGAUUCAAACAUACAGCUUCUAAGAACAUACUUAUUAUUGUUGAAUAUCAAUUACACCCAAGUAAGCGAUUCAUUAUUUAUGGUAAUCUUAGAAAUAUUGUUUCUAAGUGGGUAGAAUCAUUUUGCUUUCGUCGCCCUCUUACAAGCGUUGACAGUUUUUUGUUUCAUUUUGUUUCAUUAGUUAUUUGUACUCGUCGCGUUCGGUUCUUUUUUUCAAUGGCUCACAAGUUGAGUGAUUCCAUGAUUUCUCAAUUUAUAAAGUACGAUAUAAGUUCUGAAGAUGAAAUAAUAAGUGAAACAGAGAAUAAUUCCGAUGGAAACGGACAAUAUUCAACCUAAUUGGAACAUUGGAAGUAGUAGUGACAAUUCUAGUAGCGCUGAAGUACCUCUUUCAAGAUAUAUGACCAAUAAUAGUGUUAGUGAAAAUGAAAUGCGAUAAAAAAAUGGUGAAUUUGUGUGGUCGAAAAUCCCAUUAGAAGGAAUAGGUCGUUUGGGCAGCGCAAACCUAAUAAAACUUUCACCAAGAAUUACCAGAUAUGCUUCUAUUCGCAUCAAUACACUUAGAAGCGCAUUUGAUUUAUUUAUAAACAAAUGCAUAAAAUCUAUAGUUUUGAAACAAACAAACAUGGAAGGAUCUUCACGGUUUGGAAAUGAAUGGGAUGCGAUGGAUGAAAUAGAGUUAGAUGCAUAUCUAGGUCUUCUCAUAUUUGCUGGCGUUUACAAGUCUAACGAUGAAAGCAUCGACAGCUUGUGGUCUCCAGUUUAUGGGCGACCUAUAUUUCGAGCAAAAAUACCCCUAAAACGGUUCAAAAAAAUUACCGCUACCGCUGCGUUUUGAUAAACGUUCGGAUCGAGAAGCAAGGAUACAGAGUGAUAAAUUAGUAGCUAUUGCCUUGCGUUAAAUUGUGUUUUGAAAUGAAAAGAAAGUUGAAUUUACGUUGUGUUAAAAAUUUAUUCAAUGCAACAACACCACAAACAACAUUUUUUGGUUUCUGUUCCAGUACGUAAAUGUACAGAGAAAAUGGUUUUCCAACUCGGGAACACGCCACGUAUAACUUCACAGUGUGAAAAACAUACUACAUAGCAUUUCCAAAUUUAUGCCACACACUAAGCGACUAUCCUUGUGUCCUGUUGAUUGUCAUCGCAAAUGCAAUUUUCACUGGAAACUGAAUACGUUCGAACUGAAAUGGAAAAUCGUUGGAACUCAAAGGAAUUCGUAGAAUCAAAUAUUCUGCCCUUUGUAUUUGAUAGCUGUGGCACAAUCAGUAGGGAUCCAUCACAAAACUUCGGCGCAUGAAGAUUGCGAAACAUAAUAAUGACACAUCCAACUUCGAGACGGCGAUAAUGCGGCGGCAUACCAAGCCUCUCCAAAUAUUUUAGAAAUUCCACUGGAUAAUUCACGGCUCCGUAUUUUUUUGGUAGCUAAAAUUGCGCUUGCACUCAAGCAAUCGUAGUUACGAUGAUUUGGCCAAUGUUGGCAUAAACAUUCGUGGUGAGUUCAAGGCAGGUGGAAUUGAUAUCAAACCACUGGAAGUAUCAACCGGAAUUGUAACGCCCUAUUCCAAUUCUUAUCGAAUACGAUGUUAAAUGUCUUCGGCAAUGUAAUAUUUCUUCGUAUUACAUAAUCCGUGGAUUUUAAGGCUGAUGUGUCCAAAUGAUCAUCGCGAAAAGUGUGCGAACUUCAAUGGCAUGCGAAGUAGCUAUCGAAUCGUCCAUCGAUCUAUUGAUUAUCAUGUUCCAGCAAUUGUAACUGCUGCAAUGCUUCUCAAAAAGGAAAACGUUUAUGAAUUAUAAAAGUAAAUAUCCAAUAAAGCGCUUUAUUGCAAUUCAUGUAUCGACCUAUUUGAUACUUGUUGAUCUCAUCUCGUUCAAGGCCAAUAGCCGUCAUUUUGCUUUCUUUAGUGACGUGUUUGCAAACGUAUUUGAUCGAUUUCACCAAACUGCAAUAAGAUAACCGUGGCGAAUAUGGUACGAUCCGUGCGUAGUCGACUUCGGCAUUCACUCCUCUAAGUUGAAUGCUAAAUGUUCUGCCAUUGUCGUCUAGUGAGCUACGCCGAUAGAGUGGAUAUCCAUCAUUUCCAGUUUGCGUUUCCGAAAUAAAAGCACGUGGAUAGUGUUUCAUGCAUUUAUUGUCAGACAUACAAACCGAAGUGGGAUUGUGGUGUCCGCAAGGUCCAUGCACCAUAUUGGUUUUCAUUACUUUGUAUAAUACUGGAACUUUCUCUGCGUUAGGACUUUCCGCAGAAAUGAUUUUAUCAAUUUGAUCUGGUGUAACCACUAACCACCAUCCAAAGAAGAAUGUGUGCGUGCGGCAAACCUCUAUUUUGCAACUCAACAGAGUACAUCUGGCAUCUAACAGCAUACGUUGCUUCAAGAUAAAGUCCAUCAAACAUCGUAGUUGUUGUUUGAAAAGUUUUCACUGAAUAAUUUUCAAUAAUUUUUCUAUUGAAUAGCCGAAAUCAAAAAGCAAGGCGACCGAAACUGAACGACUCAAAUAAUUUACAAAUCAAAACAAUGAAAAACCAUCCGUAAAAACGUAAAAACCAUCUUUGAACUUCUACGAACAUAAAAAAAUUGGCCAAAUUGGUCCAGGCGUUGUUGAGUUAUGCGCUUACCAACACAUUUUGCGAUUCAUUUUGAUAUUAUCGAUAUGUAUGUAUAUCUGUGUCGAGAUAAUAUUUUGAAACUUUUCGUAAAAUACAUAUGUAGAUAUAAGUUAAACCCUAAAAUAACAUACUAUAUAUUUAUCCAUAGAUUAGUUUUAUAUUGGAUAAAGGAUAUUCUGAAACUCUCGUAUCAUGGAAACAAUAAAUAAAUAGCGGGGAGAAAUUAAUUAAUGGACUUAUUAAGUCAACAAGUAAUUUGAAAUGCAAUCAUCCGAAAUUUCCAUUACGAUAUCUUAAGCUCUAUUGAAUCUGGAGAAAUUAUUUACAUUUUUAUAGUAUUUGUUCAGUUAAUAUUUAUAAGGAGAUUAAAAACUUCUCAGUUGUAGUCUGAAUGGGUUAUAGUUGCCAGUAUAUUUGUUUUGACUACUUUAACAAGAACUGGCCUUGCUGAUAGAUACUGAAGCCAUUAUAAAAUGACUCAGUUUUUCAAGUUGAUUAAAUUUUGUAUGCAUAUACUACGUACAACCUUAAGAUUUAACAGUUAGAAUUAUUAAUACUACUUUCAUCAUAUUACUAUUUCAAUCGAUAAUGUAAAUUGCAACCUAGUUUUUCUCAACACAAAAGUUUGAAAUAAGGUAUUUAAGAGACAAAAAAUAUACUAAUAGUUGGUAAAAUAUAUAAUUAGAAAAACUAGUGCAUAAAUAAUAAAUUGGUGUUCAUGUUUUCUCUAAAGAUAUUCAAUGUAUUUAAACUCCAAACUGGCAAAUUUCAAGACUUAUUUAAGCAUUUCUGCUACUAGAGUAGAUAAGUUUGCGAAUUUGUUAAUUUAAAAAUUUUGCAUAAAAAAUUAGAUUUCAAAUUUUCAUUGUUUAAUUUAUAGUUGAUUUUUUAACUUUAUAUUGAAAGUUUUAUUUUAUUUGAGGAUUAAUUUUUUUGUAAUCCCAAAUACGAAAUUUAAAAAACAUACUUCAAAUUUUUGUUCAAUAAUGUUUUAAACCUUUUUUUCAACACUGGAAAUAGAGAAUAACCAAAAAUGGGAAAUGACUAAGUUGCCUGUAAUUGGUAUCAGGUAGAUGCUUAGCGGCUAUUAUAUCUCAAAUAAAAUAAAAAUGUCUAUUAAAUAACUAACAAUACAAUAGUGGUAACAUACAUGAAAGAUUUGAUUUUAGCAAAUAGUGCAAUAACUUCAGUAUUACAGCCAUGAAAACCAGCAAACUGAUAACCAAUUAAAAUACGUUGAAGAUUGCGCUGAAAGUCAUUGCAAAGCGUAAGUUACUCCGCAUUGCGAAAUUCAAAAAUAUGCCCAAGAGAGAGUGGUAGAAUGUGCACACAUACUCAGUGAAACCGCUAAAAGAACGACGUAAAAAAUUAAAUUCUCCACUGGCUGAAUCGUUGCAUAAGCUUCGCAAAAAUCAGAGAAUAAAAAUCCGAAUAUUCCACAGCGCAAAAAAUAUUGAAAGCUUUACAUACCAAAACUACAAAAGCUCUAUACCACUCAGAAGGACGUUGCCGAAAUAUAUGUACAUUAAAAAGAGUAAUAUCAGCGAUACAAAAAAUUAGCGAACUAAAAUGUUAAGCGCCUAAAAAUGUGCAACGCUAACGCAGUAUCCCCCACAACACCAGCAGGGUUGUUGAUUUGCUAGCUCAAAUUAUAUGCAUAAAUGGCGUGAAAAGUUAAUUUUUGCGGUUCACCCACUGACCCAAGCUGGAUGCAGCUGUCUUUCACACCAUUAAUUUGCAGAGCCAUUUCAUUUUUAUUUUGCGUGCAAAAAGUAAUCUUAACCUCAAUCCGGGCAUUGUCACGAACGUGUAGCACAGCACACACAAGCAACCGCCUACAAAUAUGCUCUAAUAAUUUCGCAUUUUAUUUGCAACUAAAUGUUUCCCAGCGUAGCUUGGAUUUCCACUUAACUCACUGACUUUCGUCAGCUACUGAAUCUGAAGUGUGACUGUGACAUAAAUGAAAAAUUAUUUUAAUUCACGUUGCUAGCGACCAGGCAAGCAGCAGACAUCAAGACCGUUACAUACACCCAACAAGAUUGUAGCACGCCAAAGACUAGGCCCGCAUACUUCAAGCAUUAAGGACCAUCGCUGUGCUGCUGGACAAGCUCAAGCGACACGAAAGCCAAAUAUACAUAUAUACAAAUUGGUUGAUCCUUUUUUUCUUUUUAGACUCUAAACUAAGCAUUGCUACAGCGUUACAAAAUCUCUUUCGCUUUUUCAUUCCUUCUUCUUUGCGCACUGAAAAUUCUUGCAGUUUCGUUUUUCACUUGCUGUUCCUCCUACAGAGCUGUGCAAGGCUUUUGUAACAAAUUCUAAUGUUAGGUAAAUUGUUUUCUCAUCCUUUUAUUACAUGUAUGUAUAUACUGUUCUUAAUACAUAUUGCUCCUCUAAGAACCGUAUAACGCUAAAAAUUUAUGCAAAACUCAAGCCGCUUUUUAGUAGCAAUAAAAUUCUUUUCCCUUGCACUUCACGCCGUCCUUCCUUCACCGAAAUGGUUGCGCGCGUAAAAUGUAAAUAUAAAAUGCAAUAUGCAAUAUGCAAGGCGUCGAAAUCUAAUUUUUAAUAAAGCGCACAAACGAUUUAUUCACUGCAUAAAUAAAGCUAGACUUGCACCCAACGUAUGCAUUAUUUCAUAAAAUGAAGACGCGGCGUCUUUAAAAUGAUCAUUGAAUACAUACAAAGUGUUAAUUAGUGAAAAUUGAAAGUUUCAAUUUCAAUUCAGUUUCGUUUUCCAUAGCUAACUUCCAUUUUCCUGGCAUCACCUAAGGCCUAAAUAGUAUCGCUUUUUAUUCUAAUGAAAAAUUAAUUUGAAGAGAAACUUUCGCUUCUGCUGCUGUCGUAUGCACAACGUUAUCCGUCUCUAAGAAACUUAUAAUUUUCUUCGAGCGCAUAAUAUUUUAUUCACAUUUCAAUUUCACAAGUCCAUUAAGAACGCAUUUACCUCCACCAACUUCGACACCUGAUUCGGCCAAAAUCCUUUCAGCUUCCGUUCCCAUUGGCUUAUCGCUUAAUACCUAAGAUGAAACCGCGUAUUACAAAUCGGAAAUCGAUAGUCAUACCAACCGCCCGGGUAAUGUUAAUCGCCUACAACAGAUACAAGAACUGAAACUGAAAAGAAAUUAACAAAUAAGCAAAAUACAUCAUCAGCCACGUGAUAUGCAAAAACAAUGCUCAAUUGCCAAAAUUACUGAGCGGCUGCUGAAACACAAAAUAUUUGUGUACUUGUGGGAAACCAUGGUAGGCAUACACGUAUCAAUUGCUGCCUGCUAACCCCAACGAUUAUAAGCUUAUCACCACUUCAUAUCUGCUCAAAAUUUUAUACCGCGGAAACUUAAACAUUCAGCUGGCUCAGUUUUCGCCCCAGCUGCUUUUCUUGGGCAAUUGUACGCGAGCACAAGGCUGGUGGAGGUAAAAUCGACAACGUUUGGUGGAAUUUAAGGCUGCGGUGUAAUUAAGGAAUGUUCGUGGCUAAACGAGUUCGGAUGCGUUCCACUUAUACGAUUUGCAUUAAACCUCUAACUGCCAAGAGAUCGAAUUGCUAAUGAAUGUGUAACGAUAAAGUCUGUAUAUAUAAUAUAAUAUAGUUUUUCAAGGAAAUAUGUGGAUCCCAGUGCCCAUAUAAAUAUCGAGAAAUAUGAACUCUUAAUAAAAAGCGUUUAUAUAUAAUGGGUGAUCCUUUAGAUGUACUUUUUACAAUAGCCUUUUUUGACAGAUUAUUCGUGAGUCGUGUCAAGCUGUAAUAUUAUUUUUGUUCAGUACUGUUUGGCAUUUUAUUAUGAAAGGACCUACGCCUGAACAGCGUCUACAAAUCAUUCAACUUUAUUCCGAAAAUUCACGUUUUGUAAAAACGGGUUACGAGCGCUUCGCUCAACUUAUGAUCAACAUAAUCGACCUAUUGAGCGAAAAUACAGCUUCUGCAAGAACUGAAGCCGGUCAAUCUUUCCAAGCUACAUCGUUUCGCUCUCUGGGCUCUUGAAAAUUUCAAAGAAGAUUCGACGUUUCCGAGCCAAAUUUUGUUCAACGAUGAGGCCCAUCUAAACAAGCAAAAUUUCCGCAUUUUGGACGAAGAUAACCGACUAUUUCAUGCCUGAAUUUGAAGCUUGCGAUUUCGGCGAUAUUUACUUUCAACAAGACGACACCGCUCAAUGAAUUUAUUGAGAGAACACUGCGUUCACGUUUUGGGCCGGUUGAUUGGCCACCAAGAUCGUGUGAUAACAGACCAUUAGGCUUCUUCCUGUUUGGAUUUGUAAACUCUCUAUGAGGAUCAAUUCCGAUUCAAUUCAGGGCUUAGAGCAAAACAUCACUCUUGUCACCGAGAUAUAGCCGCGGUCAACAUUUGAAAGAGAUAAACUUCAAAAAAUAAAUGCCAAGAAAUGUUCUUUCGAAUUAUAAUAAACAUUCUCCAAUAUAUUUGAAGUUUCUGUUUUUUUUUUAAGUAGGGAACCUCGAAAAGCAUCACCCUUUAGAAUUAAUAAUAAGAAAGAGGUGUAUUUAAGCUGGACAAAAAUGUUCUAAAGUAAGACCUCUUCUUCUUCUUAAUUGGCGUAGACACCGCUUACGCGAUUAUAGCCGAAGUUUUCAUUGGGUGUUUUUUUUACGUGUCACUUUAGCUCGCCUUAAAACGGAUGUUCUUAGGCUACCCAGAGGAUACUUGGGCAAAGACCGGAAGUCGUGAGCUGCUUGAGCCAUAUGUAAAAAAAUCGUUUCUUAACAGAGAACUUUCCUCACUUGCGUGAACUUCUACACAUGACCCCAUCCUCCAGUAAGAUCUCUUACCAAUAGCAUAUACAACAAUAAACUGACAUCUGCGAAAAAACAAAAUAAACUUUUCUACUGCUAUUUCAAAAAGAACAAACAUCUUCAUUUCAAGUUCUUCUUCAAGUGUCAACUGAAAUGCAAAGAACUCUAGUCUAUUGAAUUCAAUAUCGGUUGUUUCGUUACACUGUGCCAAACACAAGUAUAGUACAGUAAUACCCCGACUUACGCUAACCCGUUUUACGCGAAUUCGAAGAUACGCGGUUUUUCAUUUUGAUUGCCGCGCGCAUCGGCUCUCUCGCUCCGCCCACUCAGUGUUCAAUUUGCGACUGGUUUAAACGUGUUCCGCGUGAAAUUGUUUUAAGUGCGCAGUGCGUUUUACUUAUAAUUUCUAAUUAUGUCGUCUAAAAGAACGAAAAAUGAGUCAUUUGAGCCUAACAAGAAAAGAAAAACACUGUCUUUGGAGUGUAAACUGAAUAUAAUUAAAGACUUUGAAGCAAAAAUGAAAAUUUGUGAAUUGGCAAAGAAAUUUGACCUACCGGAAUCAACAGUCCGAACGGUUGUAAAAGGUAAAGAAAAAAUUAUAACCGCUGUGAAAGACUCUCAAUCUUUGAAUUCAAGUAUCAUCCGUAAGCGUCACGGUAUUAUCGCGCAGAUGGAAACAUUGCUACAGUCAUGGUGUGAUAAUCAAGUAAGAGUGAAAAAUUGUCCUGUUGAUCAAAAUACAGUGUGCUUUCAAGCAAAGCAGAUUUUUGAAAAACUAAAAGAAGAAGCUGGGAAGGCGGCUGAAAAUGAAGUGUUUAAAGCUAGUAACGGCUGGUUCAGCCGAUUUAAGAGUCGUUGUAAUUGGCAUAGCAUCGCAGAGAGUGGAGAAGCGGCAAGCGCUGAUAAAGAAACUGCAUCUCUCUAUCCAGAAAAACUCAAAACAAUGAUAGAUGAAGGUGGCUACACUAGUCAAACUAUUUUCAAUGUAGAUCAAACAGGUCUUUUUUGGAACAAAAUGCCUAAAAGAACUUUUAUUGCGCGUGAAGAGAAAACUUUUCCAGGUUUUAAAGCCGCCAAGGAUCGAUUAACAGUGAUGGUUGGUGCGAAUACAGCUGGAGAUUGUAAAUUAAAACCUCUCUUAGUUUAUCGCUCAGAAAAUCCAAGAGCCUUAAAAAAUAAAUCUAAAGCUGGUUUGCCUGUCAUUUGGAAGUCUAAUGCAAAAGCUUGGGUGACAGCUUCUCUUUUUGAAGACUGGUUUGGCCAUCAUUUUAUUCCUGAAGUCGAACGUUACUGCCGAUUAAAAGAAAUCCCAUUUAAAGUGAUGCUACUAAUUGACAAUGCGCCAGGUCAUCCUCCCGCAACUCUAAUUAAUUUCGAUCCACGUGUGGAAGUUGUAUUUUUGCCACCAAACACUACCAGCUUGCUUCAACCAAUGGACCAGGGAGUCAUUAAAACAUUUAAAGCUUACUACACAAGGCGGUCAUUUGCACAUCUACAUGAAGCUAUGAGACAAAACAAUGAGCUUUCUGUUAAAGACUUUUGGAAGCAAUUCAAUGUUUUAGAUGCUGUAAGAAUUAUUGGACAAUCUUGGAAUGAGGUUUCACAAAAAACUCUCAAUGGUGUCUGGAAAAAACUGUGUCCAUUUUUUUUCACCUCUGAAACCCAAGGAGAAACCAUUUCAGAUCCUGAACAAAUCGAUAGCAUAAUAGAAGAAGUGGUCGAUAUCGCCAAGCAAUUAAAUUUAGAGGUCGAUAAUGAUGACGUUCAAGAAUUGCUAGAUUCACACAAUCAAGAGCUAACAAUUGACGAGGUUAUAGAAAUGCGUAAGUAUGAGCAAGAUAUUGACCAAACUGAUUCGCUAGACCCAGUUGAAUCGGUAAAUCAAAUGACAAUUGCAAACUUAACAGAAGGGCUCAAUUCAAUUGAAAAGGGGUUACAAAUUUUAGAAAAAAUUGAUUCUAAUGAAGAACGCAUUUCUACUACAAAACGAGGGAUAAAAAAAUUACUGGUAUGCUACGAGGAAAUUUUACGUGAAAAGAAGAAACUUUCUUUAACUUUCAGGCCUUUAACUCGUCAGGCAACACUGUUAGAAUAUAUGAAGCCUUCGACAUCAAAAUAACUUCGGUUUAGCUUACUUUAUUCAUAACAAUGUAAUAUUUUUUUAUUAUCCUACACUUUAUUAAACAUUUUUCUUCUAAAUUAUUGUUUUCUUUAAACUCUGGUCCCGAUUAAACAAACUUUAUAUGUAUUUAUAUGCAACGUUGAACCCCGACUUACGCGAAUUCGACUUACACGGCAACCGCUCGGACCCACCUAUCGCGUAAGUCCGGGGUAUUACUGUAUAUCCAUAUGUAUGUGAAUCUUAAUAUAUAUGUAGGUAUAUGUUAAGGUCAUUAUAAUCAUUAAUAUACAGUUCGUAAAUAUUGAAUUAGGCAAUUAUGACGCUAGACAAAUUUAUAGAAGUAUUAUCAGCCACCGCUGUCCGUUCUGACGGCACUUAAACUCUUUACGAUAUUCUCGAUGGCUUCCAAGUUGUGAAGACAGUUUUUGAAUUAUUAAUCACCACCCACGCUCACUUGAAGUCAAACGGGCCCAUUAACCGUAUAACAUAUAUUAUACCAAAGAUGUCUGAGCCAUUGAAGGGUGACAUAAACUGUUAAGCAACAAACGACUAUUUGCUAUGUGUAAACAUGUGUAAAACUAUCCUUCAGUACAUGCAGUGAGCCGACAGGCCAUUAUUAAUACAAUUCAGUUCAUAAUUAUUAUGUGCUCUUUAAUGAAGGUUUUUCCGACCCUUAGAAUUGUCACUCACAGACACAAAACGACAUUGAAGAAAAGUGCCAAAAACAGCUGCUCCCAUUUAGCUGUACUAGAUUUGCAUAAUGCUUGAAAUGCCGAUCCUUUCCUUUCAGUUAAAUGCAAUCAAUAACUGAAAAUGUUGACGGCCACUGACAGUUAGCCAACGACAACAAGGCUUCAACGAUGCCUACUUGUGUUCUCCAACAAAUACAUUCCCUUCGGAAAAUAUCGGCGUUUACAUAUAUAUAGUACAUAUCCAUGCAAACAUACUUAUUAUAUACAAGCUAUCGCUUAUUUUACUUACAUACUUGAAGUUAAUAGAAAGUUAUUCGUAGGCAUAUGUAUGUGUAGUGCCAUCACCUUCUGGUGCUGCAGCCAAACGAAUCACCAAUACAACGUUAUACGAUUCCUACCAUGCUGCCCUAAAUAUCCUUUUCAUUGUUUCAAUCGGGCCACAUAAGGUGCACGCUUGUCCGUCUACACUAGGUACGAAUUGUUGUUGUCGGUAUGCUUGAAACUUUUCGCUUUGUGGAUAUUUUGUUUGUGCGCUCUUAUUAGCUGUAUGAGUUCACCACUGAGCAGUCAAACAACCGCUUAGGUGGCCAAGUGGCAGCAUCUGUUCAAUGCCUACAAUAAUAGCUAGAAAAUGGUGAUAUACCUAUAUUUGUACGUGUGUGAUAGCAACAAAAAUCGAUCGAAUGUUAUUACAGUAUUCAAAGUCAGCUACAGUAGCAUGAGCAUUAAAUCCAUAUAUGACUAAAGAAUUGUCUGUACUUAGGCAAUAAAUGUUUAUGCUCAGGUGUGCCCAUUUAUGAACGACGUACUGAGCUUGUAAGCACUUAUGAAUGCACAUAAAUAUUCUCAUGUUUGUGUGUAUGUACGUUCAAACUAUCUGAUUGCAUGCCAGUGCAGAAGUUUGCUUCCACUUAAAUAUUUAUUGAUGUUGGUUGUUUGGUAUCGCUGCUGCAUUGCCAGUUGGUGACCAUUUGUAACCAAGAUAGUUGUUGUGGCUGAGUUUUUAGUAAUGGUGAGCUUGCAGCGACAGUACAUAUAUAAACUUACAAACAAAUGUAUUUCCUAGUGUUUCCUGCUUUCUACCAAGCCACUUGGAAGUUGCAUGCCACACAACUGGAAAAACAGGUAGUAUAUAGAAUAUAAGCGUAUGGUCUUACCUUAUUUGUGUUUGUUUUAACCACAUCAGUGCAUAUUUGUGGGCAUCUAAAUGGCAAAUGUGUAACCACAGAACAUCGCUGUCCGCAAUUGUUCUCAGUACAUUUAGAUUAGUGUGUAAAAGUACCUCUGUUUCUUGAAAUAGUGACUUAAAUUUUUACACUUGUUGCCUCACAUAAUUACAUAACUCCCAAAAAAAUAUUAAGAUCUUGAAUUAAAACCAAAAUAAAAAUAAAAGAUAACUAAGAACCAACAUAAAGAAGAAAUCAAAACUAAAUCUAAGAUAAUUUUGUUUUGUGCAAAUGGAUACCAUAUGUUCAUUUUAUUUUAUUUUAGAUUUCGUUCUUAAGUUUAUGCUAACUAAAUAUAAACUUAGUAAUUUCUACUUGUAAUUUUUUUGUUUUGUAUUAUUCGAAUCUAACUAAUCAAUUACGGAAUACAUUACAAAUUCUUUUUUAUACCUUUUAAAGUAUUUAUUAAAUUUUCCAAUUAUUACAUUCAUUUCGAAAAAUUAAUUUUCUUAAAAAUAUUUCCAAAAUAUUUAUUAUAGCACCUCAUUGGAUUUCUAGACCUUGCAACGAAAUGUUGAUUUUAACGAACUUUUUCAUGAGGAUCUAAGCACCGGCACACCGAAUGGAACCACGGUGUCUCUUUAAUUUGGAAAUAUAGGAGAGUUGGAGCAUGAAAGUCUGAGCGUCGAACGACAAACUUACUAACUAGUUAUUACUUUUACUGUCUCACUAAUAAGUCCAUCAACUUAUGUGGCUGAAACUUUAAAUGAGAAUUUUAUGAAGCACCCCUACGUACAUACAUAUGUAGGACGCCAUUCCUUUCAUGGACCAGUGCCUUUUCACCACCAUUGUUGCCGCUUUCAUGUCAUUCAAAACUACAGACGUUAGAGGCUUCAGGCUUAGAUGCGAUCAGGAAGGAAAAUCGAUUAAUUACUUUCGUUGGCAAAACCGCACUUUGAUUGACAUUUAUAAAUGGAUUGAAGCUUUUGUUGCCUUUUUUAUUACCAGCUUGAUAUGGCGGUUGUAAAUAUGUAGCUUUAGAAGCAAAGACCAAUAUUUACAAUUGGAUACCGUUAUCCAUAGGUAGAAUAUAAUUUUAUAACUACAGUUUGUCAUUUGCAUUAGCCUUUCCAAAUUGUAAACUUUGUCAGUUGAAAUAGAUAGAGUUCAUUGUCGGACUCUUAAUUGUUAUUGUAUUACUCAGGAUCAGGAUAUUGCCUACUAAGAGUUUAUACCGAGUUUACUCCUAUUUAAGCCCAUUAAUUUCAGAUAAGAUGUGUAUGUUCAAUUCGUGAUAAGAGCAUUAAAACAUUAUUUAUGAGAACGAGUAAAAAAAGCAAAUCGAUGAUGUUAAUCCAAAUGUUGAGUUUAACUUUCUUACGCCAAUUUAAUUUUUUUUUUAACUGUCUAGGACACUUAUAGCCCUGACAGAUGACAGCGCUAAUAUGCAUUGGCGGGCUUAAUUUACACUUACUUGCGCAUUUGACCCAUGUUAAUGCAAAUUUGUAAUGCACAAGAAUUUCGUACAUUUAGCUGAAUUUACCAAAUUUGAGUAGACAACACUGCUCAAAAAUGGCCGAUUUUUGCUAUUUUUGACAGAUGUCGCUUGAAGUCUGCCGCCUCCUUUGCGUUUACAGCAUAUAUAUUAUAUUGCUAAUUAAAUUAUGUGCAAGUAUAUUAACAAAAACAAAUUUUAAUAUUUUUAGAUGACAUAAAAUAAAGCACGCACAGCUAUCCAUUUCCAAUUUUCCCAAUAUUCUUAACUUUUUCACACACUUUUUCCGCAUUAUAAUCAAUUAUUGCUUUUAAUUUCACUCUAUUAUCUUUUAACGUAGUUAAUAGUAAACGAAUUUUUUCGUUAAAUUUAUAUUGAUUUUCCAAAAAUACCAAAAUUUCUAUUAAUAGUUUAUUUAUUCAUUUUUAUUUCACUUUUUUUUGUAAUAAAUAAACAAAUUUCACUAUCAGCUGUCUAAAUGUAAGUCUGCCGCCUAUCACCAUAAAAUUUCAAUGCGCAUUAGCGUUGCUUAAGGCACAUUAAUUUUGCUCGUCUGUUAUAUAAGAUAUAAAUCUUAAUGCAACAUUUUAUAUCAUUUGAACAAAUUACUUAGAAUUUGCGUAUUUAGUGAAAGCUUGCAAAGACACCGAAAAUUGCAGAUUCAGAUGUUAUGCGAGGUAAAAACCGCUUUGUUACAACACUGCCAAGAUAGCAGCAGGGCCACCGGAAGAUGAAACAUGUUAAGUAGAAGAAGUUUGUAUUUGUAGAAGUACAAUUAUUUAUCUGUCUUUGCAGAUAAUUCCUAACCAGGUUUGAUAUGUAUGUUAAAUGCCGAAACGGAAACUCUAAAUAUAGAUUUCGUGGUUUUUUAGAUUUUUCCCUUACAGGUAGGGUAAGAAAAAUUUCUUUAGGAUAUACCGAAUAAAGUUCUUCUAUAAAUUUCAAGGCAGAGUGUGUGGUUUCGAUAUAAAAAUUCAAUUGUGUUAUACAUUUAUGAUAAUAAUGAUAAUUCUCGCCAAAGUAAGUCACUUUUAAAACAUUUAAGUGUUCGUAAUUCGUAAUUUUAAUAUUGAAUUAUGUAAGUACAUAUGUCUGAUUCAAAUAACCACUUUUGAAAACUAAACAAACUAAAAUUCCAUUGAAAUAAAUCCAUAUAUAAUUACUACAUGUACUUUAAAACAAGGUCGUCCCUAGACGUUUGCCUUUAAAUCCGAUUAAGAUUAAUUUAGCAACUUUCACAUUUCGCUUUUUUACUUCCGUUUUAUGAUCUUCUGGACUUACCAACACGAGCAAUAAAUGCGAAUUGUCUGCCAAUGAAAUCAUGUAAAACAUAAUUCAGAAGCUGCACCAAUGUAACUAUACAUUAAUUCACACACAUUUCCAUAAAUGUAGUGAUAUAUUGGACAUGGCAAAAAUACAUAUUUUUAUAUUAGUGUUAAAGCAUUACCUUAAAAAUGGGAUGAAUUCGUUAAAGUUAGAACCUUUCGUUCAAUCACAACCGUCAUCGCAUAACACACACUAUUUACAGCAUAAUAAUCUAGAAAGUAUUAUUUUGGUUCACGAUAUUGAUUAUAAUUUUUCCGACGUUCGAUUAUUUGUAGGUUAAAUAAAUACAAUACGUGUAUGAUCUUAUAAACACUGAUUUACACCCCUAUUCUGUGCAUUUGACAAAUUAAUAAAAUAUUGACAAUUAACUCAAAUAUUUAUCAAGCGAGAAAUAUUUUGGUAUUCUGUGACAAUCUUGAUAAAAGUAAAAGCUUCAAUUCGCAAAGCUUUUCCCCACACGUGUGAGAACAAAAUAAUGUAAAUAAUAACAGCUGAUGCAUAGCAAUAUGCGUGCAGUCAAUUGCUCCUAUGAUGCUUUUUAUUCCAAAUUUUCUAUAAAACCUGGAAUAUAUUUCAAAUAAAUUUGCUUAAAUUAGUAUAUUAUUAAUACUUGCCCCGAUUUUAUAAAAAUUUCUUCCUCUGUUGAACUGAGAAACUUUAUUUCUCCUUCCUUCACUUUCACAAUAAGUUUUGCUACAGCCCGCACACUUCUCGAAAUGGACAACUGACUCAUGGGCAACUUGCCUUGUUACCUACACAUUACUGGUAUGAGCCGUGUCCAAAGAAGUUCAAAGCUGCUAGAACUCUUACAGUUAAAGGUAGUGACGUUUUUGUAUCGUGUGGGGCUAGUUCAUCAAUCAGGCGACGUUAAAUCUCACAAGUUAAUCGAAAAUUUUGCGCAAAGUUAUUCUCACUCAAAGAAAAUGGAUUGCUAUCCUCACGUAAACAUUUUAAAUGCCGCGCGCGAUUCCCAUUCUUACAAUUUUCAUCUUCGUUUAACAAUACGAGCAAUACAUAUCUUCCAUUUUCACAACCAGAUGCACAAACAGAUAUUUAAUUCAUAACGAGCACAGUCAAGAGCAUUUGACAUCUUAAGAACUUAUAAAGAAAAGAGCUUUUUAUUUCAGACACAGAAUACGAAAUGCUCGAUAAAUUUCAAAUUUUGACAUAUUAUAAAUAUGUUGAAUUUAUCAAGUGCACAGAAUAGAGGUGUAGAUGUGAGUUUAGCUAGUACUAAUUUUUCGUCAAAUCAUACUUUUUUAUACCGUUAUAUUUUUACGAUGAAGGUGAAUAGUAGAGCGUCAGUACCAGUGCAUUAUAAUUUUAUAAUAGUGGCUUCAUUAAAUUGGGUUGGUCAAUGAAAGAGGUGUGAGUAAUAAUAAAAAAAUAGCAAUUGUGGAGGAAAGCAAAGGAACUUUGGAAAUGAUGUCCCACAGUCGAAAUCGGAUGAAAACCCCGUUCACUCCCUAUAUAACGAUACUCUUAAAAACUACUAAAGCUCGAUAAAUCAUUAACAAAAUACGCCAAAGACAUUAAAUUUUACCACCGAUAUGGUAUGAAAGUCAGUGAGAGAAUUGGACGAUGGGCGUGGCACCGCCCACUUUUUGGUGAAAUCCAUUAUACCGAGAUCCGACUUACCGAUUUCGCCAAAAUUUGGUAUGUUUUAUUUUUUCAUAUCUCUAUGCCACGUUGUGAAAAUGAGCGAAAUCGGGCAAUAACCUCGCCUACUUCCAAUAUAGCACAACUUCAAAAUCCACUUCAUUCGUUCAGUUUCCAGUACACAAUUCAAGAAGCAUUUAAUAUAACGGGAUAAAACUAAUUAAACUAAAUUGACACUAAUAAUGUCUCUAGUAUGUACCAUCUUAUGACCAAAUAUUUAGACCCCAACACUUACAGUUGACUUUUGAUCGAAAAUGUCGGUCAAUGUGUGAUAAAUAUAACUGAAAUUAAGCGAUUAUCCUUCUCUUACGAGGUUUGACAAUUAAGUAAUGAGACUGAAUUUAUUGCUGUGCUUGUGGUAAACCUGUGACCGGCAUCCCUCCCCUCUCCAUUGAUAUAUGUACCAUCGCUCUAGCUUGUUUAGUUCGCCUGCUGCGUCAAGUUGAGUAGACGUGUUUUUGUAGUGCUCGUCACGAAAAUGGAAAAACGAAAUCAAGAGCAACGCGUCGCGAAAAAAUAUUGCGCCAGAUUGGGCGAAACAGCUUCGGAAACGUACGCUAAAAUUGUAAGAGUGUAUGGUGAUAGUGCUCUUAGUCGUGCCAAAGCUCACAAUGGUUGUCUCCGCGCGCCCCCCGCGAAAUUGCGAAAACGAGUCAACAGGGUACGCCCAGACAUCGCUCGUAACUGGAUCCUUCAUCACGACAACGCGCCGUGCCCCAGUAUUUGGCCUCUCAAGGGAUCGCCGUGUUGCAACAGCCGCCUUAUCCGCCCGACAUGUCACCCUGUGACUGUUUUUGUUUGUUUGAUCAAAGGAACCCAUUUUGAGUCGAUUACGGACAUCCAGGCGGCCGUGACGAGGGUACUCGCGGACAUCCCAGUCGAAGCGUUACAGAAAUGUUACGAAGCAUGAAAACCGCGCUGGAAUCGCUGUCCAAGGGGACUACUUUGAAGGGGAUGGCAGAGUUGUAGAAUAAUUUUCAAUUAUACGGAUUUUAUGAAAUCAGUCUCAUUACUUAAUUGUCAUACCUCUUAUACAUAUGUGUAUUAUCUCAGUGGAAAUAAGAGAGCAUGUUUUACACAUAAAAGUUUAUCUUUGUGCCAAAAACCGCAAAAUAUUUGAGUAAAAACUUGGCCCAGCUCGCUUAUAACUAAUAUCAGGAAUUCGGAACAUCCGAUUGAUUUUACUCUACAAGUAUAUGACUGGUUUUACACCUUAAAGUAUUUCCAAGCCUUUGAUUUUUGCAAUCCAAUAUAUGCGGUAUAAAGGCACCUGGAAUCGUUGUGUAAAGUAUAUGGGAACUAUCAAUACUUCCUGACCUGAUUCAACCCAUUUUUGUGACACAGACACACCAUUGUCAGGAAAGUAUUAUAACGGGUGAUUUUUUUGAGGUUAGGAUUUUCAUGCAUUAGUAUUUGACAGAUCACGUGGGAUUUCAGACAUGGUGUCAAAGAGAAAGAUGCUCAGUAUGCUUUGACAUUUCAUCAUGAAUAGACUUACUAACGAGCAACGCUUGCAAAUCAUUGAAUUUUAUUACCAAAAUCAGUGUUCGGUUCGAAAUGUGUUUCGCGCGCGUGUUUUGUUCAGCGAUGAGGCUCAUUUCUGGUUGAAUGGCUACGUAAAUAAGCAAAAUUGCCGCAUUUGGGGUGAAGAGCAACCAGAAGCCGUUCAAGAACUGCCCAUGCAUCCCGAAAAAUGCACUGUUUGGUGUGGUUUGUACGCUGGUGGAAUCAUUGGACCGUAUUUUUUCAAAGAUGCUGUUGGACGCAACGUUACGGUGAAUGGCGAUCGCUAUCGUUCGAUGCUAACAAACUUUUUGUUGCCAAAAAUGGAAGAACUGAACUUGGUUGACAUGUGGUUUCAACAAGAUGGCGCUACAUGCCACACAGCUCGCGAUUCUAUGGCCAUUUUGAGGGAAAACUUCGGAUAACAAUUCAUCUCAAGAAAUGGACCCGUAAGUUGGCCACCAAGAUCAUGCGAUUUAACGCCUUUAGACUAUUUUUUGUGGGGCUACGUCAAGUCUAAAGUCUACAGAAAUAAGCCAGCAACUAUUCCAGCUUUGGAAGACAACAUUUCCGAAGAAAUUCGGGCUAUUCCAGCCGAAAUGCUCGAAAAAGUUGCCCAAAAUUGGACUUUCCGAAUGGACCACCUAAGACGCAGCCGCGGUCAACAUUUAAAUGAAAUUAUCUUCAAAAAGUAAAUGUCAUGAACCAAUCUAACGUUUCAAAUAAAGAACCGAUGAGAUUUUGCAAAUUUUAUGCGUUUUUUUUUUUUAAAAAGUUAUCAAGCUCUUAAAAAAUCACCCUUUACAUGAAUUUCAAUUAUAUAUCUCGCACAUUGACCGAAAUUUGCGGUAAAUAGGCAACUACAGAUCUUUGGGUUUAAAUAUUCGGUAACUAGGGGCUUGAACAGUUUUUGUUAGAUUUGAAGUAUAAGAUGGCAUACUUUAAGGCAUUAUUUGUGCAAAGUUUUACUUCAUUAUAUUAAUUGCUUGGUUGGAGUACGAUUUUGCUUAUUUUCGAACUGUGAUAUAGGAAUAUGAGAUCAAUAUCACGCACCAAUUUUUAUUGAAAUCGUCGUGCAAGACCCGAGAUAUGUGAUUUUAUCAGUUUUUACCCAGGCUCUUAUUAAGCCUUCUCAUGACAUCUCGGGUGUAAAGUUUUAUGUAUCUGUCGAAUUUAUCCCACUUUUUUUUAACUGUACCAUCAUAUGGAGAGUGGAGAUAGUUAUCUUGCGAUUUCAUCCGUUUCUACACUUUCGAUAGGAAUUUUACGAUAAGGAAUUUUUCCUGUGCGAAUUUAGUUUUUUAACUUAAGCCGUUUAGGAGAUAUUUACAUUAAACCAAUUAGCGGGCGAGACGCUGUGCUAAUUUACAGUCUAUAUAUUAAUUUAUUGCUCACAAAGCAAAAGUUAUUUGAAGACAGAUGAGCAAAAAGCUAUUAUUAAUACACAAAAGAGAAGAAUUUCAUGUGUAUUUAAACGUGAAAUACAGAUUUAAUAAAUUGUUAAAUACCUCUUAAAUUAAACGAAAUUUUAAACUUUCAGGACGAAGUCACGAACGAAUAUAUUUUUCUAUUAAUCACUCUUUUUAUUUUUUAAUUUAACACGCUCAAAUUAAAUAUGUAAUUCAUUUUCCUUGUAAAUCACAAUCAACCACAGAUGUCUUGUUGUUGCUAAAGAUUUAAAGUGAAUAAGAAUACUUGUACCCAGCAUCCCGUAAGCACUUAAAUAUUCGAAAACCCUGCCAAUCACCUUCUGUAUAGCCCCUCAAGAUAACGUCCCAAAGCUAUAAAUUUCGACAACACAAGUGUGCAUUCAUUCACCACAAGUACACAAGGCACAAAGAGUGUGGUAUAGAUAUCAACUGCAGUUGCAUUCGAAAGCACUAUUUAAUUAUAUUCGCCGUAGACAUCGAACAGCGCCUAUUCGUUUGUGGCGUCUGGAGAGCUUUCAAUCAAUUGCAUGUCCAAUCUUAACAAAUUUGAUGGGUAACCAAAAUAACCGAAGUAGGGACACAAUAAAAUACUCUCAGGUAUAUAAAACGUGCAGAAUCGGUCCAAAUGUACUUUUAUGCAAUGUAGAUGUGGAGGCAACACCCAUCUGUAUGUAUAUACAUAGGGCCAUGCGAAUAUUCGAAAUUUCGAAUUAUUCGACGCGAAUCGAACCGAAUUAUUCGAUCCGAGAUUCGACCCGUAUAUUCGCAUUAUUCGAAUAGUUCGAAUAAUUCGAAUAAUUUUAAUAUUUGACUAUUUGCAUGAUUUGUUAAUUAGCGCCAAUAGUAUCUGAAUCUCGUUCAUGCAUCUGACGUACAUCUGUCAUUUUCAUUUCAAAUAUUCAAAAAAUCAAACAUUGGUUAUUUUUAUACUCUCGCAACAAAGUUGCUAAAGAGAGUAUUAUAGUUUUGUUCACAUAACGGUUGUUUGUAAGUCCUAAAACUAAAAGAGUCAGAUAUAGGGUUAUAUAUACCAAAGUGAUCAGGGUGACGAGUAGAGUUGAAAUCCGGAUGUCUGUCUGUCCGUCCGUCCGUCUGUCCGUCCGUCUGUCCGUCCGUCCGUCCGUGCAAGCUGUAACUUGAGUAAAAAUUGAGAUAUCGUGAUGAAACUUGGUACACGUAUUUCUUGGCUCCAUAGGAAGGUUAAGUUCGAAGAUGGGCAAAAUCGGCCCACUGCCACGCCCACAAAAUGGCGGAAACCGAAAACCUAUAAAGUGUCAUAACUAAGCCAUAAAUGAAGAUAUUAAAGUGAAAUUUGGCACGAAGGAUCGCAUUAGGGAGGGGCAUAUUUGGACGUAAUUUCUUUUGGAAAGUGGGCGUGGCCCCGCCCCCUACUUAGUUUUUUGUAUAUAUCUCGGAAACUGCUAUAGCUAUGUCAACCAAACUCUAUAGGGUUGUUUCUUUCAGGCAUUUCCAUAUACAAUUCAAAAAUGGAAGAAAUCGGAUAAUAACCACGCCCACCUCCCAUACAAAGGUUAUGUUGAAAGUCACUAAAAGUGCGUUAACCGACUAACGAAAAACCUUAGAAACACUAAAUUUUACUGAAGAAAUGGCAAAAGGAAGCUGCACUCAGACUUCUUUUAAAAAUUGAAAAUGGGCGUGGCGUCGCCCACUUAUGGACCAAAAACCGUAUCUCAGGAACUACUCGACCGAUUUCAAUGAAAUUCGGUAUAUAAUACUUUUUUAACACCCUGAUGACAUGUACGAAAUAUGGAGGAAAUCGGUUUACAAACACGCCUUCUUCCAAUAUAACGCUAUUUUGAAUUCUAUCUGAUGCCUUCUCUGUAUAGUACAAUAUAUACAUUAGGAACCAAAAUAGAAAAAUAUGUAAAUGACGGAUAAUGAAAUCUCGAUUAUCACUUUAUCAUGCGAGAGUAUAAAAUGUUCGGUGACACCCGAACUUAGCCCUUCCUUACUUGUUUAUUAUGUUGUUGUUAGUAAAUGUCUAAAUCAAUUUGAAUUCAAUAAUAGUUUUAUUUUCUUUAAUUUUAUUCUAUUACUGCAAUAGAAUAAUCUAUUUAAGAUUUUACUUCUUCGAAUUGCUCGAAUUUUCGCAUUAUUCGAAUAGUUCGAACUAUUCGAAAUAUUCGAUAUUUGACUCCUUAGAUUCGAUUCGACUCGAAUCGAACUGGAUUCGCAUACCCCUAUAUACAUAUAUGUGUGUGUGCGUUCUCCAUUAUUGGAAAUCAAUAUUAUAGCUUCAAAACGAAAAUUUUAAAUGCCUCUUUCAUAUUCCUGCCGCCCAGAGAACCCACGAGCGCAUGCAGAGGGAGCAUGCAUUUAAAUUAAUUACUUAUGAGUACAUGUUAAGCAAGGGAUAUCCUUUUACAAUCUCUGCUAAAACGCCUCUGACACAACAACUCCUGAUUGAUCGACGAAUCGGCAAAUGCGGCCGACUUAAAAAGUCUCUCAAACCACUUUGUUGUAUUGUCCAAAUGCCAUUGAUCCACUUAGGGACGCUCAAUUAAUGUUGUAAAUUAGCGUUAUUGCGUCUAAUGCAACAGCCGCAAGCAACCAGCGGUCGGGUAAAAACAACAUUGUGUGUUCAGUUGUAGAAUGAGUAGCAGCUUGCAAUACUAACUCUGCCAACUAAAAGUGCACUUAUGCGAGAUUUCUAUUUCAUCGGCGAAGCAUUAGGGUUCGGUCAACAUAUCUUCUCAAUACACACCACGUAAGUUUCAACUUGCUUGAACUGCAUUUUUACCCUUUUGAUAAUAUGGUAUAAUAACAAAAUAUGCCGAAAAUGCUGUUAUUCCAUCUUAUAUAAGAAACCAGUCAAAUUCCAAACAAGUAAGGAAGGGCUAAGUUUAGGUGUUCGAUUAACAUUUUAUUCUCUUGCAACUUGCACGAAUCAAAGCUAGGAAAAAACUUUAAGGUGUAGAACCAAUCAAGUAUUGGUUCGAUUCAACCAUUUUUAACAUACAUUCAUACUAUUAUAAGAGAAGACUUAUCCCUUAAUUUCAGAUACAUAUGUCACACAUUGACCGACAUUUUCGAUCGAAAGUCAGCUAUAGGUACCUUGGAACUUAAGAAGUUUUUGUGGGUUUAAACAAUUUUUGAACUUAAAGUGAAACACACUAAAGGCAAGACAUGUGUAUUAAACUUGUUAGGGGGCGGGGCCACUCCCACUUUUUCAAAAAAUGUUGGCCACAGGUGCCCUUUGCUACUGCAAUCCUAUGAUUAAUUUACAGCAUUAUAUCUUAAUUUGGAAUUUAGUUUUAGGUGAUACGUACAACCGUUAGGUGAACAAAACUAUAAUACUCUUUAGCUGCUCCAAUAUAUAUCGGUAAAACGGUUAAGUUUGAAGUUGGCUGCAAAAAAGUUCAAUAAGAUCAGCUGCUGUCAUCAAACGAAAUUACUUAGUGAAAGAUCCAAUCUAACACCCAACUCAGUUCAAUCCAUCAGAGUACGUAUGUUACCUCCAUUCAGGAUGUUUUAUAAAAUUUUACAGUCUUGUGCUAUCCAGAUAUCUAAUUUAAACCAAAGUCAUAAGGUUCCUUUAGGAGCAUUUGCAUUUCUUAUUAUUUUUUUCUGAAGAAAGGUAACAGACAAAAUGAAAGCAAUGGAAAUUAUUUAUGCGCAUCUACAACAAAACAUAAAAUUAUUGACACUUUCACAAUACUUUUCAACUUACUCAUUCAACUGUUUCCGUCUCCACAAGCGAAUUUGUUAUUUGUAUCUGAUAAGUUUACCCAAUUUACCCAAAGUGCCACAAGAAGCGGAAUAUGAAAGCAAAGUAAUCAAUAAAUUAGAAAUUUAUAAGUUAUCCACUUCAUCAGGGUUAUUUUUUAGUACUAGUCAGACAAGUGGAUAUAUUUAUUUAUGGUCGUGCAAUCACAAAACGACCCAAAUCACAUUAACAAUAAAAUUAAUAAUUUUUAUUAUUUUAUACCUGGGAAUAGAAAAAGAAGAGCAAAUAAGACUGUAUGCCUUGAGGUACUAAGUUUAUUAAGAUAACCAAUCCAAUAACCUCACUCACGUAAUUUGCCUAUAACACAAGUUAAUUCAUGAAAUUUGUCUCUCUUCUGAACCUACUCGAAAUAAACGAAAAGUCAAUGUCUCUCGAAUUUAAGCAAUUCAAAUCAUUGUCUACAGUCAUGUCUCUUCGUAAUAAAUUGUGUUUAGGAAAAAUUCGCCUAUGGCAAAAACAAAUAUAGUACAAAAUUUAAUGUUGCCGGGUUUGGAGAUUCAAAGAGUAACACUCGUAAGCGAGAUUUGUUGGGGAUAAAAAAUCAGAGUACAAUUAAUUUAGAUUCCAAAAGCGAUGAAAAUACAAAUGUAGAAAUUAGACUGCUCGGAUGUCAGGUUGCCAAUUUAAAAAGCCGAGUGUAAAUUUUAUAUAUCAUCACCACUGCUGUUUCAUUAUGUUUCAGUUCUUUUAAUUUUUGUAAUUUAGUUCAUGUUUACAGUGAAAAUAAUUGAAAAGUUGUUGUUCCCUUCAUUGUUUUAUUAUGCAAUUAUUCCACUUUUUUAUGUCUGUUUCCAUAGUUUUUAUCAUGAUGAUGACACUUGAAAUGUUAAAUUGCAGGUGACACUGACAGCAUUGGCCAAUAUAACAGCGACCGAGCCUUGUUACUCACUCGAAUAAUUCAAUGCCAUUGCAGAGUAGAAACUUUUUUUCAUCACCGCUUUUACUGCUUUGAUUGUUCGGCUUGAUGAGGCGCCGUUGUUUCUGCUCUUAGUGUUGUUGUUUUAACUGCAUUUGAAGAUAAAUUGCACAGAACAUACAACACAAUCGCAAACUUAAAUUCAAAAACAAACACAAAUACAAAUAUAGCAGAUAAACAUUUCGUUCGGUUCGCGAUUUUACAAACUUGUGACAAAGCGCUUGGGAGGAGAGGGGCGAUCCUGCGCUUGUUGUGAGGAACAUGUGCUCAUGUCACUUUUUAUUACGCCACCAGGUCGAGCAAUGGCAGGACCAUGAAAUAUUGUUUGUGAUUUCAUACGAAGCAACAGUAGCCCCAGGCCACAUAAUAGUUAUGAAUGUAGGUGGGUAGGAAAGCGUGUGACAACAGCGCAUUGUUGUAUGUGUAUGUGAGUGUCAGUCCAUAUUUAAGUCUGUUUUGCAAUUGAUAGCUUCAAGUGCCAAUUCAAAUUAUGCACUCAACAUGGGGUAUUAUCACGUUACCAAGCACUCGAAUGUGCCACAUGCAAGUGACCGGUGGUUGUCAACUGUGCGGAGGUGAAGUACUUGUAUUUAGCACUAUGAUUUACACGAAAAUGCAUAGUUAUUUUACUUAAAAUAAUAUAGUUUGUUAAAUUCCAAAAUUGUUUUCUAAACAAAAAGUGACUUUGUGCAGGUGUAUAUUUAAGGUAUAUACAUACAUAUGUAUAUAUAUUUUAAUACAUAUUGCAGUCGCAUAUUUCAAAAUGUUUCCAGCCUCGCAGACAACUUAAGCUGCCAUUAGUUAACAAAGCAUGCAACAAAUAAAUUAACAAAUAACAGGGGUAACUGUCGGCUUGGGGAAGUUGCCGACUGUUAUUUUAGUGUAUACCAACUGACCCGCGUACACAGACUUAUGUAUGCAUGUAAUAUAAAAUUGAAGCUCGUAAAUUAAACCCAUUUUGGCAUUUGUUCAAAUUAUUAAAGCUAGCAUUUAUAUAAGCAUACAUAUGUAUAUAGGAGUAUAUGUAUGCUGAUAUUCCAACCAAUAUGGUACAAACAUAUAUACAAGACAGCCAGAAAUAAAAAUCAAACGAAUUCUUUAGUAGGCACUUACCUUUUGUUAAAUGUAUUAUAUAAGUCGUUUUUCUGUUAUUUCUAUGGAAAAACUACGCUAGUAAUUUCUUUAUAAUGAAUUACAACGUCUAAACUUCCUGUCAAUAAACAGCAUCGACUUAUAAUCACACGUGGCACAGAGUUUUGGUUGCCAUGGCUACGGCGCAUCUUGAGUUCGCACUUACAUAUAUGUGUUAUUGUGAUAUAAUGUCUUUAUAUUAGUUUAUUUCUACCAUUGCCUUUCCAUCGUCGACAAUAAUCACAUUAGUCCUCGGUUACCAGUUGCCAGUUGCCAAUCAUUUAUUUUUCCCACUUCAACCAAGCUCUUAUGCAAUGCUCAAAGGGUGCGGCUGCUUUUUGGUGUUUUUGUACAAGUAUUGAAGUAUUUUUAUACUCUUGCAACCAAUUGCUACAAAAGUAUUAUAGUUUUGUUCACAGUUGUGCGUAUCACCUAGAACUAAACGAGAUAUAUAUAGGGUUAUAUACUAUAUUUAUAUAUAAAUGAUCAGGAUGGUGAGAAAAGUGGAAAUCCGGUUGACUGUCUGUCUGACCGUCCGUCCGUGCAAGCAGUAACUUGAGUAAACAUUAACAGUAAUUAAUAUAACGGGACUUUAUACUUUAGUGUGUUUCACCUUAUGAUCAAAAAUUGUUUAAAUCCAACAAAAACUGCUUAAGUCCCAAGGUACCUAUAGUUGACUUUUGAUCGGAAAUUACGGUCGAUCGCUGUGUGAUAUACAUAAAACUGGAAUGAAAAGAUAAUCUUUCUCUUAUAAUGGUAUGUCUGUAUGUAAAAAAAGGCUUGAAUCGGACCAAUACUUCCCCCGUAUACUUAAUAUAAAGAUUUUUGAACUUAGGGUUGACUUUGGACCGCAUAUAUCGGCCAACAUGUGUUUUAUCCCAAUGAAAAUAAGAGAGCGUGCUUUAUUCAUAACUUGUAUCUUUGUGCUUAAAUUAAAUAAAUUUGAGCCCAGCCCCUAUAAAACUAAUAUUAUCCGGCGAACUUUACUCUAUAUGACUGGUUUUACACCUUAAAGUAUUUCCCGCCUUUUAUUUUUGCAAUAGUAUAAAAUGAUUGGUUGAACCCGAACUUAGCCCUUCUUUACUUGUUAUUUUAUGUUAUUCGCAUUCAAAGCCUCAGUAUAUAUCAUAUUCUUGCAAGGAUAUAUUUUGGUAUUCAUUUUGUGACUUAUUUUGUUAUCAAAGAUCCAACCACACACUUGUUAUAAGAGUAUCAGUAUGCCAAAAAUUAUCUAGAUGACAUUCCAACCCUUCUACAAUAAACAUGGGUCAACAAUCUGCGCUUUGUUGUCAAUCCUGCAUAAGGAUGCUUAAUGUUCAAUAUAUAGUUGGAGGAUUAUAGGCACAUACUUAUAAACGUAAAAAUACACCUUUAACGUGUGCAAAUUCAAGGAGCACCACUUCUAUAAACAAUAUGGUAUCUAGUCAUGAAUUCAAGAAUGUACAAGUACUCGUAAAAGUAGUCGCUAAUUGAAAGGGUCAAGCAUAAUUUUGUAGUAUAUGAACAAACGCAUUCCAAACAUUUCUAUUAGAAAAAAGAAUACUUUGCUUAACACAUAAUAUAAUACCCGAUACCAUAAAUUUUCCAUUCAAACUGAUCGAUAAAAAUCAAGUAUGAAAAACUUUUUUAUUUGAUAUGUUGCCAUUCAAACAGACCGAUCAAAACAAAUGUACAGUCUGCCAAGAAUGAGCGUGGUCGGAAUAAUUAAUAAAAAAACUAUUUUAUGAAACUUUAAUAUUUAUAUAUACAUUGUACACAUUACAAACAAUGAUGCAAUUUGGUGAAUAAUAUGUCCAGUCACCACCGGCGUCGAUAAUUGCCUGGCAUCUCCGAGGCAUGCUUUCUACUAAUUUCACUGCUUAUUGUAGUGGCAAGGUGAUCCAAAUCCGACGAAUUUCGUACGACAACUGCUUCAAAAUGUAUGUGCGUCUUCCACGAAGUUUUUGUUUAAUAUAUGCACACACAUUUUCAACAGGGUUUGCAUCGGGCGACUGCGACAGCCAGUCCAAUGUAACGAAGCCAGAUUGAGUUUUCCACUUAGUACAGAGCUUGCUGCGGUGUUUAGGAUCGUUGUCCUCCUACAGAAUCCAAUUUUCCUUUUUUCUGAUGAACCAUCGUUUGGCAGAUAGCAGUAAAGCCUUUUUGUGGAUUUUAAUCAUUUUCUCGGCAUUUAGGUUGUCAGUAAAGAGCUACAAAGUGCUCCAACUUUAUUCCAUGUUUGACCAGGCUCGCAUGAGGACAGAACAAGCCCAUAUAGAACAUUCAACAGUAAAAAUGCCAUUUUCUAAAACUCUAUGUCAAUAGUAGGACAUAUCUAAACUUUUGCCAUUAAUUUUGCUUGUCCUUGCCGCAGUGUUAAAGCAGGAUUCCGCGAAAACAGAUUCACUAUUCUUUUUUGUUCACUUUUCCUAUCGAACCUAUCUGGUAAAUCAUCGACAUUUUUAGCCACUAUAUAUCGCUGUGUCCACUUCUGUACAAAUGCCUUCGACUUUCUCAUAUAUUUAGCAGCCGCUGAUUGCGACAUUUUGGGAUGGAUGCGAAUCUUUCAUUAAAUGUCGGUAAAGUCAGCCGCGCUCUUACUUGACAGACUGUACUUUAGUAAAAUACCUUUUUCCAUAUUAAGUAACAUCUAUUCUACUUGAAGAUUUGUAUAUCAAACCACAUGGGAAAUGAUUUGUAAUAUGGCUUUGGUGCAACCAAAGUUAAGGUUUUGCCUUGUUUUAGUUGUUGUUAUCGAUUCAAGUUAUUUAAUAAAACGAAACAAUAAUUUUUCUAUUCAUUUAUAUAUAUUUAUUUUUCAUUUUAGAGGGGUCUAAUAUAGUAUGUAUGUUCAUUUAUUUCAUUUCAUUAUUCGUCAAUGAUUUUAGACGUUUUUCGAUAUAUUUUUGCUUUCGUCCUAGAAAAUAUUCCCAUAUUACGGCCAAGGUUUUCAGGCCCAUCAGCUUCUCCUCCUUCUUGCUAAAAACUCUGGAGAGACUGAUGGACUGGUACAUAGCGAGGCGUAUUCCGAGAGAUUAUCUAUUAGGAGCGGAAUAUACUUAUCGUAAAGGCAGGUCAGUGGAUAAUGCCCUGCAUACCAUAGUGUCAUGUCUUGAGGAAACACUGCUCUUGGCGAUCUUGGGGUUGAAUCGAACCUCGUUCUCAGUCUUCUGUGCGACAGAGUGUUCGAAACGGAAUGGGGCAACGAACGCGCGUAGCGAAAUAUGAAUAGGAGAACCUCUCUUCUAUGGGUAUUAGUAUGGCCACAACGAA